AUGCGUGUGUCGUCUUUCGCAGGCGAGAGCGUGCACGUGCGGGUUAUAGCUGGUGCCGAGACCCGGGUUGUUAAGCCACACCACCGCUGGUGCCACAGACGGGGACCCCCCGCUUUUGCGGAGCAGGAUUCAGAACCACAAGACGAGGAACUGAAAGCCUUGAGAAUUGAUAAUUGCGAGCCAGAGGAACUCAGCUCCUCUGAGGAGGAAAUCUCAGAUAAACAGACAGCCUACUAUGAUAAGCAGCUGCCGCUGCAAACUGGAAAGCAGAAGAAAACAGGAAAUAGGUACUGCAUGGCUUCUCAGCCUGUUGCACUCUCCCAAACCAUUGUUUCCAGUGCCCCUCCACCUUAUGUGGAGAAGCCUUAUGCGGAGAAGCGCUGCUCAGAUUCCUUCCUGUCAAAGGGAGAUAAGAAAAAGUUGUUGCAGGCCUUUCCGGUGUUUGAGGUUGCGGAAGGAGGUCGAGUCUAUGCACCGGUAGAAUAUGGUCCCAUUAAGGAACUUGCUGAAUCAGUUAACAGAUACGGAGUUGAUGCUAAUUUUACAGUCAUGCAGCUUGAGAGACUUGCCACUAUGGCUAUGACUCCGAAUGAUUGGCAAAGUACAGUAAAAGCUGCUCUCCCUAAUAUGGGACAGUACAUGGAAUGGAAAGCCUUAUGGCAUGAUGCUUCUCAAGUACAGGCAAGGGCCAAUGCCAAUACAGAAGGCAAUCAAAGAGAGUGGACAUUUGAAUUGUUAACAGGACAAAAACAGUAUGUUAAUGAUCAAACAAAUUACGAUUGGGGAGCAUAUGGCCAAAUUUCAGCUGCUGCUAUUAAAGCAUGGAAGGCCCUCUCCAAGAAAGGUGAGGCCAGGGGACACCUAACAAAAAUAUUACAAGACCCCCAAGAGCCAUUCUCAGACUUUGUGGCUAGGAUGACAGAAACAGCAGGCAGAAUUUUUGGAGACCCAGAGCGAGUCAAACCAUUGAUAGAACAACUGGUGUAUGAAAAUGCCUCACCAGAAUGCAAGGCAGUCAUUACCCCUAGAAGAAACAAAGGGUUAACAGACUGGAUAAAAGUUUGCCGAGGACUUGGAGGCCCUCUUACUAAUGCUGGCCUUGCAGCGGCUAUCUUACAAAGCCAAAACCGCUCUAGUCCUGGCAGCCAUAAAGUCUGCUACAACUGUGGCAAACCAGGUCAUUUGAAACGAGAAUGUCGUGUUUCCACACAAAAAAGAACUCCAGGGCUUUGUACAAAAUGCAGAAAAGGUUAUCAUUAGGCUAAUGAGUGUCGCUCAGUUCGAAAUAUUCAGGGAAAGCUUAUUCAACAUGAUUCCCCACCAGUGGGAAGAGAUCAAAGUAUUCCAAAAAACAGAUUUCAGGGCCCCAGAUCCCAGGGCCCCAAAAAAUAUGGGACACAAAUCAGCAACCAGAGGACACUUCUAGCCACAGAGCUACAAGAGGCUCCACAGGAUUGGACCUCUGCUCCACCUCCCGAUCCUUAUUAA